CAUAGGAAAAAAGGGGGGGGGGAACCCAUCUUUUGCAUGGAAAUUUGGGCCCAUUUUGCUUUCCAUCGAUGAAUAGAACAGAGUUACAUUUGCUUUAAACGAUUCCUUUCUGGUUAAACCCAUAUCUUCUUCUUUUUCUUAUCAUAAUUUCCAGCUCAAGAGAAGUUUCCCAUUAAUCAUCCUUGAAAUCUAUUUUGCUCAGAAUAAGGCAUAAAUAGAUACACAGAAAUAUGGGCAGUCCUGCCGAGCCAAAGAGAAGAGUGGCAUUCGUGUUGAUUGAUGGAUUGGGAGACGUAUCAAUACCGAAGCUUGGGUGUAAGACUCCCCUGCAGGCAGCCAAUGUUCCAAACUUGGAUGCUAUAGCAUCAGCUGGAGUUAAUGGUCUCAUGGAUCCCGUGGAAGUAGGUUUGGGUUGUGGGAGUGACACUGCUCACCUUUCUCUGUUGGGCUAUGAUCCCAGAGUAUAUUACCGAGGGCGUGGUGCUUUUGAGUCCAUGGGAGCUGGGUUGGCCAUGUCACCUGGAGAUAUUGCAUUCAAGUCCAAUUUUGCAACUUUGGAUGAGAAAACUGGCAUAGUUACGAGUAGGAGAGCUGACAGGCAUUUUGAAGAAGAGGGGCCUAUCCUUUGUAGUGCCCUGGAUAGAAUGAAACUCCCAUCUUUUCCCGAGUAUGAAGUUAGAGUCAGGUAUGCUACAGAACACCGAUGUGGAGUUGUUGUUAAAGGACCAAGACUCAGUGGAAAUAUAUCAGGAACUGACCCUUUGAAGGACAAUCGCUUACUUCUGGAUGCCAAAGCUUUAGAUGACACCAAUGAAGCAAGACACACAGCUGCAGUUGUUAAUGAAUUAUCCAGGGAGAUAUCGAAGAUACUGGUGUCUCACCCAUUGAACGCAAAGAGAUUAGCAGAAGGGAAGAAUGUCGCCAAUGUUGUCCUUCUAAGAGGCUGUGGUAUUCGAAUCGAGGUUCCUCCAUUUGAAAAGAAACACGGCUUGUGGCCUUGUAUGGUGGCCCCCACAAAAAUUAUUGCAGGAUUAGGCCUAUCACUUGAUAUCGAUAUCAUAGAAGCUCCUGGAGCAACCGGAGACUAUCGAACACUUUUGACUUCAAAAGCAACUGCCAUAGCUAAGGCACUCUCUGCUCCUUCACAAACUUGUCCUAGUGUCUUCGUACCAGGAGAGGAUGAACACAAGCCUGGCAGAUCAGAUGGCUAUGAUUUUGGAUUUCUCCAUAUUAAGGCAAUAGAUGAUGCAGGUCAUGAUAAGGCAACUGUUUUCAAAGUAAAAGGAUUGGAAGCUGUGGAUCAAGCUAUAGGACAGCUGGCCAAGCUCCUGUGGCAGACCGAAUCGACUGGAAAUUUUCAAUAUUUUAUUUGUGUUACCGGUGAUCACUCCACACCUGUCGAAUAUGGAGAUCACAGUUUUGAACCAGUUCCAUUUACAAUGUGUCAGUUGAAAGAUUUUGUGGGUGCCGUUGGUGGGGAGUCUAUUGUUUUGGAAACUUCUCUUGAUCCAUUUCCUCUUCCGACUGUCAAGGCUGAUGAAGAUCUAAAUGAAGACAUUGCUUUAGAAAAAGGGGGAAAAUGCAAGCAAAUUCAAUCAUUUUCCGGUGAUUUGGUUUUCAAGUUUAACGAGAUUGCAGCGGCCAGGGGGUCUCUUGGACGGUUCCCUGGUGGUGAGAUGAUGGGGAUUAUAAAGAGAUUUCUUAAAUUAAUUGCAUGACUUUCAUAACCUCAGUGUCUGAAUAAGGUACUUAUUCGAAAAAUAACAAUGUGAUGUCGAAUGCUCUUGAUCCAUCAACUAUUCUGUAUGCUCCUGCAUUCCGACAUCAAGUACCGGAAAUAGACUACUGUCAUCGAACAAUAACGAAUGUUCUUGUUUUGUGAGAAAAAUAAGUAGUAUUUUCAGGGUAUACAUUC